AUGAAUGAUCCAAUCACGCAUCGCGUUGUUUUAAUUGGUGAUUCACAAGUCGGAAAAACAUCACUUAUACAUAGAUUUGUUCGCAACUCAUACGAAAAGCAACAAAAAAACACAGUUGGCGCCGUUUUUCAUACAUAUGAAGAAGAAGUAAAUAAUCAAAAAGUAAUUAUGCAGAUUUGGGAUACAGCUGGUCAGGAAAAAUAUAGAAGCCUUGGACCUAUUUACUAUCGUAAUGCUUCCGCCGGUAUAGCUGUAUACGACACUACAAACCCAGAUUCUCUUGAAGGACUUCAACAAUGGAUAACAGAUUUUAAACGCCAUACAGACCAGCCACUUCUCUUUAUCGUAGGAAAUAAAAUAGAUAUCGCAACUACAGAUGCAAAUGGACUUCGCGAAGAAGCUCAACCAUUUGCUUAUAGAAAUGGAGCCCAGCUAUUUUUGGCUUCUGCUAAAACAGGCGAAGGUGUUAAAGAAAUGUUUAAAUCAGUAUUCACAGAACUUGUUAAAUCUGGAAAACUUUCUGUUAUGGAGAAAUCAAAACCACAAGUUCAAAACAAAGAGAAUCAGUCUGGCGGAUGCUGCUAA